UUCUUCCAGGCAGAGGAGCAGCACAGUGAGAAUGUUCCUCGAGAGGAGAGCUCCUCGUUUUAUGUGCAGGAGAGUCGGAGACAGCUCCAGUUUCAGCCGCCCACGCUGGACUUCGGACCACAGCCGCUGGGGCUACCGAGAGCCGAAACCGUAUAUAUCCACAACCCCAGCCCAGAGCUCCCAGUCUCUCUGCUCUCUGUGUUUACAUCCAGCAGACAUUUUCACAUGCCUUCCUUCCACAGAAGGGUGAUUCCACCCAGAGGGAGAACAUCUUUUAAAAUCAUUUUCCUCCCCACAGUGGAGGGCAAUGAAGAAAUCACUUUAUUUAUUAACACAUCAACCCAUGGGCUGAUAUCAUACCAGGUCUUUGGGGUUGGUGUCCAUGGGGGGUCAGUCAAGGACGUCCAUAGAAAAGACAGCGUUCUGUUAUUCCCCCACAUACAGAGCAUUAAUCUAACACAAACUCAGGAAGAUGCUUCUAAUAUAACACUUUUAGGUCUGCUGCUUGAUUGCAGUUUACCAAAAAUGUUCUCCAAUCAGCCCCAGGGUUGGUGUUUAGUAUCUGAGGAGGGCAGGUUUGCACUUCGGAUCAGUCUUUCUGAAAGAGGGGACAGACACCUGGACAAACUCAAGCCGUACGUGCUGGAGAACAUUGUGGUGCUUCUAGUCCUCCCACCACCAGAAGAUGCUGCCGAUUGUAAAUUUGACAAAGUCCCUGGAAGUGAGGCCUGGGAGCUGGAAGCUUCUGUCUCUUCAGCUACUCAGCAGAUCUUUACCCACAAUCCUCAGAACCACAGUGACUCUGAGAACCAGUGUGGGGACUCCAGUGGAGCUUCACCUCCAAACAUACUCUUCUGCCUCAAAGUAAAAACUAUUGAAUGUUUUUUUUUCUGUGCAGGACGCGUUGAGUGGCAGCAAUCCCUUCUCCCAGAAUCCUCCUCAUCUCUCUGGAGAGUAGACAGCAGUCUGGCCUCUGCGCUCUGUAGCCGUUGGCUUUGCAGCAAAGGGCGUUCAUGCAGGUGGCCCAGACUUCCUGCAAACCACUCUUCACCCCUGGACUUCGGGGCCACACCUGUCAAUGACAGUAAGGUAAAGAAUUUCACUCUGAAAAACCCGACGGGUUCGGUGGUUUCUGUGGAAAUCCGAACCCUCUCCUCAUACCCGGUUCCCCUCGAAGCCCUUCACAUGCUGACUAAAUGGUUUAAUAUUAGCCCGCUGUCUGUGAAUAUCACUACAGCAGAGUUUCUUCUGUCGGCUGCUAACCAUAAGGACAGUGAGAGAGGCAGUGUGUUGAGAUUUGUCCUGCGGCCGUGGGAGUCAAGGACGGUUUCGGUGGCGUACCAACCCACAGAACACAAGCACGUCACCUCACUGCUCCUCAUCAGGAACAACCUGACUGUGUUUGACAUGGUUCUGGUUAAAGGCUUCGGAGCAAAGGAGCUCCUGCGAGUGGGAGGGAAGCUCCCCGGGCCUGCAGCCUCACUGCGCUUCAACGUGCCCCAGUCGACCCUCAUGGAGUGCAGAGACGGUUUACGAUCAAGUAAGCCCUUGUUUUCCAUCCAGAAGAGCUUUAAGGUGGAGAAUGCAGGCGAGCUGCCGCUGACUGUAGUGUCCAUGAGCAUUAAUGGAUAUAAAUGUCAAGGUUAUGGCUUUGAGGUGCAACACUGCAGGUCUUUCAAAGUGGACUACAACUCGUCCUCAGAAAUCACCAUCGCAUUCACUCCAGACUUCACCUCUUCGUGGGUGAUCAGAGACUUGACUCUGGUGACAGAACGUGGCUCCUUUUUCCACUUCACCCUCAACGUGACUCUUCCUCACCACAUGCUGCCUCUGUGUGCUCAGGUGGUCCCGGGGCCCAGCUGGGAGGAGCCCUUCUGGAUCAUCACACUGGUCUUCACCUGUUCCUCUCUAGCUGGUGUUUGUCUGAUGGCUUUCCAUCAAGCUCAGCACAUUCUGAGCGAGUUCUCCACACCGAGUCCACGUAGCAAUCACAACUCUGUACCUCGCGAAAAUAGCAGCGUCACCCACAGCAUCUCAAACGGAGUCAGUAGAGGAAAAGGCAGCUGUAAGAACUACACUGACACGAGCCACCCGUCUGACAAAGGCAAAGGGAGGGGAUCUCCAGCUGUGGCCAACGGGACGAUUCGACCGCAGUCCUCAUCCAAGAAAUGUUCUGGAGCUUCUUCCCAGCCUCCAAAGAAGCAAAUGAAGGUGUCGUUCCUUUACAGUCGAUAUAAGACCAGCCCAGCAUCUGCCACUGCUGGUGAAUCUGCUGCCUCGCACUGCUGCAGUCCUCCCACCGACAGAGAUCGAGAGCGCAGCUUUGAGUUAGACCCAGAAGUUUGUAAUAACAACAAUAACAUAUUAGACGAAAGCCUUCUCCCUGCCGAGAAGAAACAGCACUUUAGAGAAUCCAGAGGGGACGAAGCAGUGCCAGCUGAUAUGUUUCCUAUGGAAACCCUUCCAGAAAGCAUCAUAACAAGCAGAGUCCCUCAGCCUGCGGAUGAAGCAGUGCAAAACCAGGAGUGUAAAAGAAAAAAGCAUGCAGAAACAAGGGAUAAUGUAGAUGAAGAGAAGACAGAUAGAGGCAGCAGUCUGAAGAAGAGACCGGAGAAAGAUGCAGAACUCGGAGUGUCAGCCUCCAAAGCCAAGAGAAACUCGGGCAGGAGUCGCAGGAAGACGGCUGAGCUCAUUCCUGGGCUUCCUGAAAACAGCGUCGUCAUGGUGACAGAGAGCGAGAGAGAAUCUCAGCGUAAUGCUGCUCGAACCCGCAACACGAAACCUGAACCAGCUAAAGCAGGAGCCAGUCCAGACAGCCCGGUCAAACACAGCGGCACGUGUUUGAGCAGACCGAGGCGUAAAUGUCCGGAGCGCCGUCUGCAGUGGGAGUCUGGCUCUGAUUCCAGCAGCUCAUCAGGCAGUGUGAGAGCCAGCCGAGGGUCCUGGGGCAGCUGGAGCAGCGCCAGCAGCGUCGAGGGAGAGAAGGACCCCAACAGACAUCCCUGCCGGAGAGACAACCAGUACCACCCGUAUCCAAAAGACCGGGAAUGUUACAUGAACUAUUCCUACAAAACUCAAAGCAUGAACAAUCUGUAUGUCAGGCAACCGUGCCGGAGCCCAGACGUCUGUCCCGCGCCGGCUCUCGAUGUAGCCGCAGGUGUGGACAAAAGCACCGACACAGUCGGUUCUAAUGUGAUUGAAGAGACGUGGUCUCCCGCCUCGGUUCCUCUGACCAAUGAAUUCAGGUAUAACAUGACCGAAUCUGUCCCGUUCGUCCCUCAGAGUCCCUCAUUGGGAUAUGACAGCUUCCCUUGGAACAACAUGAACAGCCAGCGUGCGAGUCCUUAUCUCUACAGAGAUCAGACCAACUGCAUGCCAACAGGUAACGGCAAUUACCAAACUGCAUUCUCAUGCCAUGAAAGCCAAACCGUGACCCACAGCCAUCAGCCGGUCUGGGGUGAGAACGCCACCCAAAACAUCAACUCCACCUGGGACACUAGCAAGCCAUACUUUUCAGGAACCAGAAGUCUGUCACCCAUGUCCAGUCUGUUUGGCUCGAUCUGGACUCCUCAAAGCGAGCCUCACCAGAGCCACUUUCACUCGGAGCGGACCGUCGCACCCUUCAGACGCGAACCAGGCGGCGCCUGCCCGAGAAAACCGUACUCCAGCUUCAGUCCCUUUGGAGCACACAUGAAUUUGGACAUUUGGAACUCCUCCUCAAACCGGAGCUCCACGUCUCAGCUCUCCAGCGAUUCAGGCUACUGCGGGGAGAUGUGAGGAAACCAGAAUGUGCUUUUAUCUGUAAUGGGGAAAAAUGUGAAUAUUCUUCUUUCUUUUAUGUUUGUUGUUGUGGUAAGGUUCUGCAUUUUGUUGUUUAUUUUUCUAGACGUUUUGCAAGUUUGCCCAGUGAAAAUAAAAAAAA